AUGCCAGUGGAAGGUGUUCUCAACGAGCACGGAUUCUUGUUUCACCAUACCGCGUUGGGUCCACUCAAUUUUGAACACAAACUCCGACUCCUUGAAUAUGGUGUUAAGUAUCAAGAGCAAACUAGAUUCACUCCUGAAGAAGAUGAGCGAAUACGGAAAAACUGGAAAAAGUUCGCUAAGAAGCACGGCUAUCGAUAUGAAGAUGGCAGGUACUAUUCCGAUUUCUGGACAAACAAAUUGAAGCGUCAUUUGUACUUUUCGGAGAAAAGCAGACUCAAUGAGCUGAAUAUGUUGCCUUCAAUCUGCAAAUGGUUGGAGCAUCGUUCAGCUGGACAAGUGAUGCGCCGCAUGAUGUUAAUAUUUGAUCCACACCAUGUAGGUGUACCAACUCCGUUCUCAGAUGAGGAAAUCCUCCUGGUGUAUACACUUAAGUCUCAACAUAAAAGUACAGCUGAAAUAGCUGAUGAAUUGAAGAGGCCAGUCAUCCGUGUUCAAAACAUGCUCAAGGAUAAGAAGCGAGAAUGGGCAAGACUUGGUUUCAAACCUGCGGAUAUCAUCGAAAACCCCAAUCUCAUGGAAGUAAGAGUGAUACGUAUAGACCAACGGCGAAGGUUUUUUUUCGCCGUUCUGAAAAAGCUAGGUAUAUCGAUAGGAGCGUUCUCAACAGAGCUGAUUAAUACUCUCUCAAUGGAAGCUAUUCUGAAGAGUUCAGAGGAAAUCAACUUGACAGACCUGAUCCCUAGUUUUGGUGGAUUCAAUGAGGAGAACCUGAAAAAUACUUGGCAGAUGCUAUGCAAACUACUCUUGGAAACUUAUAAAAAACUCGUUUGUUUGCACCCAGAUGAUACUAAUGAAGCUUGGAGGUUAACUUGUCUUGAAGUGAUGCCCUGUUUUGACAGGUCUGUUGACAAUUACAUAAUUUUUCUAAAAACUCUUCAAAAUAAUAUUGACGAAAGUGCUCGAGUGAUGAAGACUCGAUAUAUUAACCUCGGAAAACUUGGAAAAAAGUUGUUCAAGAAAGGUGUCAUACAAGAUUUAGAGUCAUUCACUCUCGAUGAGUAUCCUGGUUACUUGAAACUGAAAUUAAUGUUAGGUGUUAGAGACAAGUUUUUUUUUCAACUCUUGGAGCUCCAGUUAACUGUCAGAGAGAAACUCGAAAUCCUUAUUCAAUGUUUCGAAAAGCUUAAACAGACUGAAGAAGUCGACCCCCUCCGGUUUCCAUCCAUUCAUAGGACUUUGUUUGUUGAAACAGCUAUAGAAGUUAUCCGUUCACGUCAUGAGGAUUGGUAUCCACCCAAAUGCUUACAAAAAUGGGUACGAUCUGCUGAUCUCGUUGAUCUCUUCCAUCGUUCGCGUUAUACAACUGAGACAUCUAAUAGUCUCGUAGACAUCUUAACGUUCAGGCAAAUGACUGCAAUCGACGAAAAGCAAUUGCUCAGCUUAUCGAAAUCUGGAGGGGUUGCAUCUGCAUUAUCACGACUCAUUCCUGUGAGAGUACAAGGCGAGCUCAAUCAAAUUGAAAAGACUACUCUUGAAAAACCGCGCAAACGGGGUUGGCAAGAAACUUCGCCGGACUUCAUAUUCACCCCGCACCCGUCUCAUACAAUUAUUACCUCUACACCCUAUCCACAACGUCCUUUGCUUGGACCUACAUCCCAACCACCUGAGUUGGAAUUUACUCCGGCUUCGAAAGCCGAUUCGGAACUGCCGACUUCUAUUAAACAGCCAUCUGAGCGUUUCUUGCCAGACAGUCCGUCUAGUCCACAGCCUAAGCGUUUGAAUCUGGAACCGAUUGCAAUGGCACCCUUCACGCCAGGAAACAUUACGACUAUUGCUCCUAGUGAAGCAGGAUCAGUCAUGUCAUACGGUGAUGAUAAUAUGAGUGAAGAUGGCUCAGUUGCUCAAGACACAGGUCUGAUUCAUAUACCAACGGCCGUUGUAAAAGCAGGAUCUCCACAAUUAGAAGCUACAGGCUGGGAUUCUUUGUUUUAG